CUGAAGACUGCGAAUGUCCAUCCCUGCAAGUACAUAGCGAUAGCCCCAUCUCUGAUUCUUUCGUCGCCCCACGAAGGGAAGACCGAAAAGUCUACGGAUCUCUAUCCACCUAGGCUCUAGUUCUACUCGGACAUGAUAUGCAGCCGAUAUUGACAUGAUUUACAUCAAGGCUCACGGCAUACUCAUUACCAAAGAAUCUCUUGAGACAUUUGAUGCUACUACUAACGAUUAUCUCCGCCAGUUGGACCCUCAUAUCAGUCGGGUCUCUGCAAAAUGGGGAUAUCAAGGCAUAUAUAUUGCUGUAAUAAACAUCUCGAGUCUUUUUAGUCACGGAGAAGAUAGUGCAGUCCUUCGCAAGCAUUUCGACAUCAAGUUUAGAAGAGAAAUCGAGGCUCUUACCCAACCGCAAGACGGCCCCAAUGAUGAUAAAAUCGGACUUAUCACGCUACCGUCAGAGGAAGACCUUACUCGUCAGCUUGAUCUUCUUACACAACCGACGUUCGCUCAUGCUCUACACAUUACAUUCUCUACUUUUAGCUUAACUCUUCAGCGUGUUGAAGAUAAGAAUGUCUUUCCGCAUAUCCAUUGUUUACUUGUCUUUCUAACUAGAGUUUCUUCCCUUAAUUACGACUGCGUACUUAAAUCGGUAUCACUAGCGUGGAUCCCAACGUUUGUGAAAUAUAUUUCGUCUUUGCUUUUGAUGACCGCUUUUCGAAGAGCGUUCUCGAAACCGGGUGAGCCACAGACUAUUCAAUUAGUAUGGUAAAUGCAUGAGA